CAUGAUCAUGAUAGGGAGAGACACAAGAGAUGGGAAACUGCUGUUCCACAAGGAGUCUCCAUAGAAUUUUGCAGCAGCCAGGUGUCUGGAAGGUCUGGAAGCUUAUUCGUUCCCACGAUGGUCCUGUUGCAGGUCUGUAUAUCCGUGCUCAUUCUAACUUGCCUGGUCCAUUGACUAAACUUAAUGCGACUGCAGAUGUUUUAACUCGAUCUAAACGUGAUCUUUAUCCUGUACAUUUUCCUCCCAAGAAUAGAGUUGAAGUUACUCCUCCUCCUCCUCAAUCUCUUUUCCCUAAAGCAGGACAUAUCCCAAUUUACCGUACUCCUCCUUUCCGUUCGUCAUGCUGUCAAGAAUGGCUAAUGUACUGCAUUCAUUAUCUUCAUACUCUUGAUACUCAUGGUCCAUGUCCUGGACACCCUCAUAUUAUGGGGGAAGGUUGGUGGCUGAGCCAAAUUGGCCUCUCAAUCUCCGGAGGUCCUCUGGAAAGAUCCGUUAACCAGCACUUGGCGUGGUCCUGAUCCUGUGUUGAUUUGGGGACGUGGUCACGUGUGUAUCUUUCCCAGAUCAGCGCCUGGACCUUGCUGGUUUCCUGAGCGCUUAGUCAAGCAAACAGAUGGCUCGCCACAGCUCACAACUAGUUCAGAAGAUGAAGAAGCUCUGCACCUCUCCGGAAAAUUUGACAGUGUUGAUUCAGAAAGAGAAAAGGAAGAGAAGACCACUUGCCAGAACGACUCAAAGGAGUGAUGUUCCAACUUGGGGACAAAUUAAACAACUGGUUUCACGAGCUCAAGAGUCAGUGAAACAACAGAAUAAUCCUGUUACACCUGUAACUUUAUUUUUGGCUAUGUUGGCAACCAUUUCAUGUGUUCCCUCUGUUAAUGCAGCAACUGACUGGGCCUAUGUACCUGAUCCUCCACUAUUACAACCCAUAUCUUGGUCUGAAGCAGAGUUUCCUGUAUUUUACAAUGAUAAGUGUUUAUGGGCCUCUUAUUGGGAAUAUAAAACAAACCAAUAUGUCUGUAAAUUAUACUAACUGGUUUAGUACCCAUCCUGUCUGUCUUAGCCCAUUGAAUCUGGAAACUGGACGUGUAAAGGCUAUUAGUUAUGAGCAUACAGAUGUUUAUGAGGGAACGGAUCAAUCAAUUAGUUUGUCAGGCUCUCCAGGCAUCCUUCGUUUUACAGGAACCAACAUUACUCUUACAUGCCCGGCUACCAGCCGACGAGAGUAUCUUAAGGAUACCAUCAUUUCGUAUAAAAUGGGCAACCUAUUAAUAUUAGAGGUCAAAUCUCAUACGCUUCACCACUUAGGGAUUCCGCUAUUACUAUAGCCAAGAUUACAGGUGAAGAUUCAGGAAAUUAUUUCUGUAUGAAGCGUUUACUUGGAGGACAAGGGAUAUUUAUAGCUGGACAUAAGGUUACUAUGCUUAACAGAAAAUCAAAAAAUCAAUUUCCUCCUUUUAUGACCGUUAACUUUCCUGGAUCCAAUUUUGAACG